CGAGACCUGCGUAUUCCUCCCUACCUCCCUUUUGAACCAACCAAACUGAAUACCCAGGCAUGAAUCUCUCACCAAAAAAGUUUUGAGUGGAUUUAAUUACCAGUCCACGAAUCUUUCUAAGUUGCAGUGGACAAACUUAGAAAGAUCUGUUCGGCUUUGGCCCAUAUAUAAUUUGAUUUAUUUCUUCAGACUGUGAAAAAAGUGUAAUGAAAGACACACCCUGGGGAAUAGUUCAAGUACUCACAAAAGACAACUAUGACAGAUGGAAAAAUCAAAUGAAAAUCUAUCUGAUGAUGCAAAAACUUUGGACUGUUGUCCAGACUGAGAGUGAUUCUGUUUCGACAAAUGUUGGUGCUGGGAGUAGCAAUGAAAUCGAUAAUAAUGAAUUGGCUUUGUGUAUCAUUCAAUCAGCAUGUGGAUCAAAGAUUUUAGAUGAGAUCAGUCAUUUGAAUACCGCGAAAGAGGCUUGGAAUUUUUUGGCCUGGCGUUACGGUUCUGAGUUAGAAGCCACACCAGAUAUUGAGCAAGGUAGGGUAGGCGAUAACGUUCGUCACUGUAUAAAACUGUACAAGUGCGUGGAGGAAGGAGAUGAGAAAGGUGUGGAGUUAUUCCUCUCAUUAGCAGAGGGAAGGAGGGCGUUAUUUUUGACGUCGGAUUCAGAUAGGAGGACGGUUCUUCACGUAGCAGCAAUCGCAGGUCACGUGAAGGUUGUUGAGGUUUUAGUUAGAGAAGGGGAAGAUAUAUUAUUAAAAAUGCAUGACAACAUGGGUAAUACUGCUCUUGCUCUUGCUGCUUAUCUUACUGGCAAGACGGAAGUAGCAGAGUGCAUGGUAGAGGAUAAAAAGGGCGGCCGGAUCCGCCAGAAUCUGCUUGCUAUAGCCAACAACGACGGUGAAAUCCCUCUUCUUCUCGCUGCUGACAGGGGACAUAAACGAAUGACUCGCUAUCUGUUCUCGAAAACUCCCUACAAAGUGCUGAACGAACAAGAUUACGACAAGCGAGUUCUGCUGCUUGAACGAUGUAUCAGAGAGGAAAUAUUGGAUGUGGCUCUGGGAUUACUUGAAUUAUACCUGGAGCUGGAUCAACUGCCCCCUGAGUCCUUACCGGACGUCUUUCUUGCCUUGCGUGCAUUGGCUAAAAUGCCUUAUGCAUUCUUAAGUGGCUGCCAAUUUGGAUUUCUACAUAACUUCAUUUACAAUUUUUUAAGAGUAGAAGAGACAUUUGAAAUCAGUCAUGAGGCAAAUUUCUCAGGUUUUAGGUUCUGCAGUCCGAUUAAGAAUGUUCUGCUUCUGCCCGUAAUGUUUUUGGGAAUUAGGAAAAUAUAUGAACAGAAACGUACCCAUCGUGUAGUUCAACAAAUAUUGUCGUACAUGCAGAUUCUUGUUAAGAAGUUGAAUAAUUCACAGCUCCAGAGAGCUUUUGUGUACGAUGCUAUGUUGGAUGCAGCCAAGCACGGAAUCGUUGAGUUCAUAGAAUCUAUGGCUAAGGCUGACCAUGAUCUCUUGUGGUCUACAGACAACUAUAAGAGAGGCAUAUUUUCGUAUGCUAUUCUUCAUCGCAAACAGAUAGUGUUCCAACUCAUUUAUAAUCUCAAUGGAAGGAAGGAUAUAAUUAAAUAUCGUAUAGACGUGUUUGGUAAUAAUCUAUUGCAUCUGGCAGCACAUUUAGGCCCUUCCUCUGAUGUUAAUGACAGAGCCGGUGCUGCUCUACAAAUGCAAAGAGAAUUUCAAUGGUUUAAGGCAGUAGAGGAAGUUGUGUCUCUCAAGUGUAAGGAAGCAAGAAAUGAUGACGGUAAGAAGCCUCGUGAGCUAUUUACUGAAACGCACAAAGAACUGGUGAAAGAAGGAGAGAAGUGGGCAAAACAAGCAGCUAAGUCUUUUGCACUUGUGGGUAUUCUCAUCACCACUGUCAUGUUUGCUGCGGCCUUCACUGUCCCAGGUGGGAACAAUCAAAAUACAGGAGUGCCUAUUUUCUUAGACUACGAUGUAUUUACCACGUUUCUCGUGGCAGAUGCAAUAUCUCUCUUCACUUCUGCCACUUCAGUCUUGAUAUUCAUUUGGAUCCUCACUUCACGUUUCGCGGAAAAAGACUUCCUAAAAAGGAUACCCUUCAAGUUAUUGGCUGGCCUUGGCUUUCUUUUCCUGUCUGUGGCCUCCAUGAUGGUUGCAUUUUGUGCUGCACUUGGUGUAGUACUUAAUCAUUAUUGGGCUUAUAAGCGUCUCUUUAUAGGAGGUGCCAUAUUGGGGAGCAUUCCAGUUUUUGUUCUUGUACCAUCGCAGCUGAGACUCAUAUAUGAGAUUUUGCUAUAUACACUCUCAAAUCCCAUUCGUCGCGGCAGCAACUAGGAACAAUACAUGCAUGGAAAUAUAUUUGUAUCAGAGUUUCAUCAAGAAUGAUUUCUUUGAGAAUCUUAAAUGUGGGUACGUUACUAACUUUUCAUUUGAAAAACUAAUAGCAAAAGUUGUGUUGUAUUGUAACUAUGAUGUAGGAGUUAAUCCUGAAUUAUUGCAUUUAAUUGCCCUUUUAGCCAGUAAUUCCUUGUAUAAUAAUUAUUAGAAUUUUCGUCCACAAGUUUCUUUCAUUUAA